UCCCCAGCCCCCUCCAUUCAUGCUGCUGCCGGUGUGCUGUCUUGCUGGAGAAAGGAAGAUUUUUUCACAAAAUGACUAGGUGUCUGGUUAAUGGCUGCAAAAACAGUCACGUAAAAAAUGUUCAGGGAAGCUCUUUGCAUGGCUUUCCAAAUACGCCUGACAAAAUUAAAGCAUGGCUCUUGGCUACUGGGGACCAUUUUGAGAAUAUUGAAAGUGUCAUUCAGCAUAUCAUGCAGCAGAAAAAAGCAACCUAUUUACGAAUAUGCUCAGACCAUUUUGUACCGGAGAUGUUUUACGAAACAGGAAAAAGAAAAUUCUUGAAAAAUGAUGCUGUACCUACCAUUUUUCCAAAGCAACAUGUUUUAUCUGUUGUUCAUGAUUUGCCAUCAACUGGACAAAAAAGCAUUUCACCUAUUGAAGUGGGUGAACCUACCUAUUCAUCAGAUGUUGCAUCCACCCAGAGUGCUGCCACAGCCAAUAGUGCUUUUAUUAUAUAUGAUCAUAACUAUGUCUCAGGCCAAUCUUAUAUAUUACCGCCUGCAAAAAGAUUAUGUAGCAUCGGGACAAACACUUUCCCUGUUCUAACUUCUAAUAAAUGCAUUUCUACAACACAGUACUAUGGACGGAAGAAUACUUUGAGUCAAACAGAAAGUUUUUAUUUAAAAAGACAUACUGGAACCUCAACCAUUGAUUUAUGUAGCAAACGUGAUGUCUAUACAUGGACUGGUGUCUAUGAAGAACCUGUGGAAGCAGUUCAUAGUAAACGCAAACGGGUAUUAAAACAAAAACAAUCUGGAGACCAACAGUUGAAUAACCCUGAAAAAAACAUUAUAGAGGAGAUGGACACACAUCCUCCUUCAACAAUAUUACAAGCACCAGAAGUAGAAGAAGAUAUGGUUUGUACUCCGAAUUCACAAAUAUCAUCGAUCCAUAGAGAAUCUGAAAUGGAGUCUACUAUGAGUGCAGCUGAAUUCUGUGAUCCAGACUUCAGUUCAGAAGAUGAGUCUACAGACAUUGGUGAAUUUUCAUACUUAGCGGAGCCCACACCAGAAGAUUAUGUGUCAGAGAGAAAGUUUAUUGUUUUUGAGUCCUGUCUGAAUAAACUUUUACAGGCAGUUCAAAGUUGCACUUUUGCUGUUCCUUGUACUUCUCCGAUUACUCACAGAGAGAUUGUGAUUACUGGUACUUUGGUUACUGUGUACACAGUUUGUGAAAGUAAUCAUCGUUGCGUGUACUGGAAAAGCCAGCCAAUGAUUGACAAGCAGCCAGUUGGGAAUAUAUUGGCAAGUGCCUCAAUACUAUUUAGUGGAUCAAAUUUUUCAAAAGCCAGUGAACUUUUUGACAUAUUUGGUGUGCCUUUUAUCUCACAAUCCCUACAUUAUAUGUUCCAAAAUAAACUUUUGUUUCCCACUGUAGAUAUGCACUACAAAAAGGAGAGAAGGCUUAUUAUUAAAAGUCUGAAGGGGCAAGUGUUAUGCCUGAGAGGAGAUCUGCAAUAUGACAGCCCUGGAUUUAAAGCUAAGUCCUGCACUUAUGCACUUCGUGAAGAAACCACACAAAAAAUAAUUGAGAGCAAUACCAUCCAAGUAAGUGAAAAAAGCUCCUCAGUGGCGAUGGCAUCGACCGCAUUCACUAUGUGCAUGGAUCAUACUUUGGCUGAAAAAUUGCUUAUUGCCAUCCUUGUCACCGAUAAACAAUUAAGCAUUCAAAAGAUAUUGCAAGAGAAAUACAAGAAAAUCAACCAUCAGUUUGAUGUAUUGCAUUAUUGUAAGAAGCUUCGCAGAAAACUAUCACGUAUAUCAAAACAAAGAAUAUACAGAGAUCUUGCUCCAUGGAAAAAAUCAAUAAUUAAUCACAUGUGGACAGCAUGUUCAACCUGCAGAGGAAAUCCAGAAUUGCUGCGAGAGAAGUGGAAUACAGUUUUGCAUCAUGUUAUUAAUGAGCAUGAAUGUCUCUCUGGAAGUCAAUAUCAUCAAUGUGACCAUAGACAACUUACUGACUCUGAUGUAAGUAAAAGAAAAUGGCUAAAUAAAAAUGGAAUGGCUUACUCAAAACUGGAGAGCUUUGUCACUGAUCCUAUACUUCAGAAAGAUUUGACACACAUGGCAGACUUCUGCCAUACGGGAAAUCUAGAGGUUUUCCACAGCUAUGUUCAAAAAUAUCGCCCCAAACAAGUACAUUUCUCAAUGGAUGGAUUGGUAGCUAGGACACAGUUGGCAGUACUGUCCUACAACGCCAAUGUAGAUCAGAGGCAAGCUACUGUCCAGAGAGCUCAAAAAGGCACCAGGCAAGUGAGUGAUUUACGUUACAGACCUUACUACUCCAAAAGAACGAAAACAAAACAAAAUUACGAUCUGUCAAUUGCUCAUAUUUAUCCAAUGGUUUCAGAUGUUAUAAGACUUGCUUCAGGAGACCUUGAAGCAAACUGGAAGUCUAGGAGACGUCUACUCCAACGAAAUAUAGCAUCAAAACUGUGCUUGUCAACCAGGGAAUCCGCCGAAAACCAUGUAUGAUGAUUUCGGUCAGAAAGGUUGUAGAUUGUAAUCUGCGAUUUGGACAGUUGUCUGAGUAUCAGUGUUAUUCACUGAAUAAAUGAGAAACCUUGCCAAGUGAAAUCCAAAUUCUACUAAAUAGGCUAACAAUUUUGAUUGAGCUAGUGUCAGAUUGCAAUUUUUAGGCAUUUAUUUAUUCAAAUUUGAUUCGCAUUAAUUCAGAUUCCAAUAAAGAAUCCUGCAAAUCAAAAAUCUGAUUUUGGUAGAUCGCUACAGUUAAUUCCGUUCCGAAGUUAAUGA